UGGGAACUCAUCCAUAGAGCUGUGUAGAAUGAUAUUUGCACUGAUAGCCCUGUGGUUUUUGUUGUUGUGUUGUUAUUGGUUUUUUAAACCUCAUGGGCAGAAUUCAUUAUAUCGGGAAUAGACAAAAUCUAGGUUGAAAAACACAGGGACAUAUAUAAAUAUGUCUUCCGCCAUCCUGUUUUUUUUUUUUCUGGGGAAAAAAAAAGUCUCUUAUUUGUUUCUCAAAGUUUAAAAUGUGUUCACAAGCACAGUUCAGCCAAGUAUGAAAACAUCUACAGUACCUGACACAUGAUAUUCUGCAAGAGUGUUGAGGGGUCCUUAAAUAUGUUUUGUUCUGCUCCCUGUGCGACUGCAAUCUUCUAAUUAGCCAUGCUUUGUCAGAGUGAUGGGCUAAUGGCUAAUUGCAUUGUGAGGCCUCUGUGUGUACAUGCAGUAAUGACUUAACGCUCUAAUAAGAUUGAGUUACAGGCAGUUGGCUCAUGGUGUCCCCAAACACUGAUCUGAGGUCAGUGUUAUGCUUUUUACUCUAAUGACUAUGAUGGGACAGUGGAGAAGAUAAACUGAUCCUCCAUCCCCCGUGUGGGAUUUCUAUCGCUCACAUUGUGUCCCAUCGUUUAUCUGAGAGAUUGGUGCAGUUAGAUGCCAGCAACAGUGGAGUUUUCAUUUACCAUUUUUAUGGAUAUGGAUAUUAAAUACAGGAAUACGUUUUUAUUUUAUUAGGGAUACAUUUCAUCUAGUGGAUGCUUUUAUCUUCAAGUUCUGAAACAUGUAUCGUCUGGGUAGGUCUGUUGAUGAAUAGCCGAGCACAAUACAGCAGUCUUUUGCCCACCUGCUUGCUUUUCUCUCCAUCCACACUUUUCCUCCCUGCUACAGCGCCUCCCAAUCCUAAGUCACUUCAGUUCGAACUCCACGGUCACACACAUGCGCGGGCACUGGAAAACGCACUCUCAGUAUGGUGACACACACAUUACUGAGCGGUGUGUGGGAAUGGAAGGUGUGCGCCACGUCCCUGCUGAGGUGCAGCAGAUUGAUCCUGUACUGAUCUACCGCCGGCUCCCUGGGGAUUUGUAACGCAUGUCUGCGAUGCAGGGCUUAACACUUGCUCGCUCUCUUUCCGUCGUUGUCUCUCUCAUUCUGCCUCUCUCUAGCGGCAGUAGUGUUGACUCUUGCUAUGCAGUGCAGUGGCUUGAUGCUCCUACAUCUCUCCACCCUCCGUCUUUGUCAGUGUUCUUCCAGCAGUACAGUGGGUUCCCUUCAUAUUUUUCUUUAGAUUUUUCCUUCACCAGCUCACCGUGCUGUUUUCUUCAUAUAUUGCCUUAACUUAUUGCUGGUUAUCACUUCCUUUAAGUCAUUCUGUCUAUUUUUCUUUCUGCUGCCUUUUGUCCAUAAUUUCUUUAUUGUUUAUUUCACUGGUAUUUUGGUGGCUGUCCCACAUGAUAAAUGAACAGCGUGGCAGCAGGAAUAUCCAUGUCUACCUCUAUAUAAUUAUUUCAUGUAAUCUCCAUCUAUCUGUGUAUACCUACACACUCCAUUACAUACAGUACAUGCAGGAACAGUGAUCUGUAUCGCUUUAUCAUGUGUGCAGCGCCGCAGGGCUUUACAACUCAUCAGCUUGAUCUCUGAAGUUGAACUUCCAAGCAUCCUUUCAUCUUGUCCCCCACACCCACCGCCAGCUACGCAGCCAAUCUCUUGCUUCCAUUUUUGCAUGAGCCGCACUGGGCCACAACCAGGGACAAAUGAGCUAAGUGACCCACAGCUGAUACCACACUGUUUGUUUGUGUGCGUUAAAGAGAGAGAAAGAGAGAAAGAGAUAAUAUGCAUGCAGAUGUGUGUCCUUUGUUUCCGUUUCUGUGUGUCUGCUGCAUGUUUGCACGCCUGGUUUUUUAAAACCACCCCCAGUGUGGUAUUUGGUUUGUUGUAAUGGUAAUGAGCGCAGAGGGUGUUUACGUAAAUAUACAAAUACCAUUUUUAAUGCAAAUUUGUCUGCUGAUUUGGAUUAACCAGAAACGCAAGCUCCAUAUUUUCUCUGUUGUUGUUCUCGUGGCGUAAAAGGGUCCAAACCACAUCUCCAGUGAUACCCAGGGGAGAACAGGAAAUAUGCCAUCAUAUAUUUUUAUAUUAUAAUAACAGGCAGAAAAUAUUUUUAGUGUAUACACACACACACACGCACACACACACACACAAUAUAAUCCCAUCUCAAUUUCCCAGUGCUAAGGUGAGGUUUUAACAGCGUCUCCUCAGCUCAACUAACAUACAUUUAUGCCCAGGGAUAUUUGUACAGUGACACAAUCUUCAUCAUUUGGACUCUGCAUGCAACCACACUGGAUUUGAAAUGAAACAACUGAGAUGCAAUGGAAGAGUAGACUUUCAGGUUUAAUUCGAGGGGUUAAAAAAAGUCUCCUGCUUUCAAGAGCUCAAACGUAAUUGGACAAAUUAACAUUACCACAAAUCCUUUGCAGGCAAUGGCUGCCUGAAGUCUGGAACCCAUGGACAUCACAAAAGCUCUGUUUCCUCCUUUGCAAUGCUUUGCCAGGCCUUUACUACAACUGUCUUUAGUUGUUGCUUGUUUGUGGCUCUCUGCCUCUGCCUAAGCAAAAUGAAAUGCAUGCUGGAUUGGCUUGAAAUCUGGUGAUUGACUCAGCCAAUGCAGAAUAUUCCACUUCUUUGCCUUAAAAAAACUCCUGGUUUGUUUUUACAAUAUGUUGUGGGUCAUUGUCCAUCUGUACUGUGAAACACUGUCCAAUAAACGUUGCUACAUUUGAGCAGAAAGUAUAUCCCUAUAUGCUUUAGAAUUUAUUUGGCUGCUUCUGUCUUCUGUCACAUCAUCAAUAAACACUGGUGACCCAGUCCCAUUGGAAGCCCUGCAUGCCUGUGCCAUCACACUGUGUCCACCAUGUUUUACAGAAGAUGUGGUGUGCUUUGGAUCAUCAGCCGUCCCAAUUCUUCUGCAUACUUUCUUCUUCCCAUCAUUCUGGUACAGACUGAUCUUAGUUUCUGUCCAACGAAUGCAGUCCUAGAACUGGGCUGGCUACUUUUUUUUUUUUUUUUUUUGACAAAGUGUAAUCUGGCCUUUUUUUGAGGUUGAUGAAUGGUCUGCACUUGUAUUUACUGUCAUAAAGUCUUCUGUUUAUUAUAGACUUAGAUACUGAUAUACCUACUUCCUGGAGAGUGCUCUUCAUUUGGGUUAAUGUUGUGAGGGUUUUUUUCUUAGUGGAAAUGAUCCUGUGAUCAUCAACUACAGUUGUUUUCGGUGGACAUCCAGGCCUUUUUGAGUUCCCAAGAUCUGAUGAUUUGGCCACUAACAUUUACAAUUUCUUCUUUUUGUUCAACCUAAGGAUGGUCUGUUGUGGUUUCAGUGAGAUCUCCUUUGACCGCAUUUUGUGGGCUCAUAGCAACAGCAUCCAAAUGCAAAUGCCACAUCUGGAAUCAACUCCAGACCUUUAACCUGCUUAAAUUACGAUGGGAUUAACAAGGGAAUGGCCCAUGCAGCCCAUGAAAUCGCUUUUGAGUUAGCUGUCCAAUUACUUUUGGUCCCUUGAUAAAGAGGCGACUACAUAUUAAAGAGUUUUAAUUCCUCCCCCAAUUUGGAUGUGAAUACCAUCAAAUUACAGCUGAGAGUCUACACUUUAAGCUCAUGUUGAUGAUGUAACUGUAUCUUGAACAUGUUUUGGUACACAGCUAAAAUAACAAAACUUGUGGCAGUGUCCAAAAAUAUAUGGACGUAACUGUAAAUAUUCCAUCUGAAUGAAACAGCGAAAAUGUUUUUUCAGUAGCGUUGACCAGGGAAUGUUUGGUGUUUUCUGAAAAUUUAAAUGAAUAAUCUUAAAUAGUUCUUGAGUAAUUUAAAUUAAUAUUAUCAUCUCUUCAGUUCUAUUCUAAUAUUUUGUGCACGGCCUGAUUGUCAGAAUGGAAAGAAGCUUUGUAUGUUAACAGUCGUUAAAAGAAAUAGAGAGGCAGCAUCAACAGGAACAGGAGUUUGCUGUUUUGUGCGGCCAGCAUAUCUGAAGCAGCAUUACCACCACAUCUAGGACACAAUAAUUAUUCAUAAUACAUCCUCGUUUGCCUCUCUGUGCGUGUGUGUCUGCAUGUGCGUGUAAUGCCACCUGCCUAAAGGGAUUUCAUCCUCGAAAACUGGGAUAAAGAUUAAGAUAUCCUCAGACUUUACCUUGUUCUCCCCUCGCCUAAUUAUCCAAUGGCUCCCCUUACCCUGAAUCUCCUGCCCUCCCUGCUUUCAUCCUUCCCCUUGAGCAUAUUUUGUUCACAGCCUCCUCUUCCUCCCUGCAGCAGUAAGAAAGGUUUUUGCAGCCGACAGCUGAGGCUUUGAGUUCCUGUUAGUAUUUUGCACAUACUGUGAAUAGUAAUACGUUUUUUGGCUCACGUGCCCGUUUUGCUCAUGUUAGUAGAUGACCUGCUGGCUUGGCCAUGGUCCUAAAUUCAUUACAGUCAAGGCCUGAAACUCAACUGUUACACAGUGGACACAGCAUCUGCCAAACAUCAGUGUUGUGUUUACUAAAAUUGAAACAUUACAAAGCAGAAAGAAAGAAAAGAAAGAUUUUAACAAAAGAAUGUUCUGUCACAUGCUUUUAUUAAAUAAUCUGCAAACCACGGUCUGUGACUUCACCUGGUUAGAUUUGCACAAAGGUUUCUUUUUGCCCACAUGGCUUCCCAUUUCAGCACUAUUUGUUGUCGCAAUGAGAGGCAGGUCAGCAGUAAAAUAAAUAUGCAAGCUUAUUUGCUUCUGCUACUGAGAGUUUGUAGGCCAUGUUGACAGACACUAGUCGCCUGCCAAACGUCUCAUCUGACUGGCGUGGAGGUUUGUUGCUCUCUUCCAAAAACGCAGUGGACCACGCUUCAUUAAAAAAGCUAAUAGAAGCUCUACCCAACAGAAAACCAAUACUGGCAAACAGAGCCAAUUUGGUUCUGGAGAGACAAAUUUAACAUGGAGAUAUGAUUACCUCUGACACCACUUUUCCCCCGAUUUCGCAAACAACAGUUAGGCAAGACAAUUUACCUUAAUUUCAUUGGAGGAGAAAACCAGUCAGCCAUCCAGCCAGGUUUGAAGUCAGUGCUUGGUGCAAGUGAGCUCUCGUUAGACAAUAAUGGAUGCAUGUAAUUGGUAAAGUGCUACUCCCCCUCACGCCACCUCCCCCUCAAGAUUCUAGCGAAUCAGAAUUUUCUGUUUCAUUAAGCCAUGGUCAGAAAUAAUGAGAUAGCCAUCUGUAGACUGAGAGAGAGAAAAAGAGAGUUGGUGGAGGGGGAGGGGGGUUCAGUGGUGUGUUCUUCACUGAUAUCCUCCUUCCUUCCAUUUUUCUGUUGUCAAAUGUCAUCUAUAUAUUUCCUUUUGUCCUCAGGUCUCCGUGGGCUUUAUGGCCUUUUCCCUCUGCUCUUAAUCAUGCUGGCUACAAUCUGUAUGUUUUCCACGCUGCCAUGUGUGUACGUCUUAUUGGUUUACAACCUUCACGUGUUAUUGUCUGGCUUCACACCGGCUCAUUUUUUUUUAUAGCUGGGGAUCAAACACUGUAAAGCAUGCUUCAAUAGGCAUGCAGAAGCGCACUGAUACUGGCACUUUAGAGGGACAAGUGCUUACUCAUCAUGCUGCGUGGAGAAGGAAGCAUUGUGAGCCAUUUAUGUGUUUUGUUUUUCACUGAUUACUGAAGAGUGCGUGGUUUACAGCUCAUAUUUUUGUCUCUCUCUCUCUCUCGCUCACUCUUGCUAUACAAGGACAUAUUCCUCAUUUAUUUGUGACAAGAGAACAAGAACAUGAGUCAUCCGAGAUAAGGCUGAUGAGGAGUGUGAGUCUUAUGGGCCAGAAAAUGACAGUAAAGGCAGUUCUACAGUAUAGAGACAAUUCUGGUGGCGGUUUGUGCGAAGGGAAGCCCCCUAUCAUUUCCAAUCAGCUGCUGGUUCUGCAUGACUAAUGUUGAAACGGCAUAUAUCACUGUCAGAUAGGGCAUGUUCACACAGCUUUUUUCUCUCCUUUUUUUUUUUUUUUUUUUUUUUUAAAUAAAGACACACAAUGAUGACAACCACAAACACACACUUAUGCACACUAGCUCACUCUUAUCUUGCUGCCUGACACCAUUUUGCUCUCUAACAAUCUUGCUAAUUAUAAUUGUUAAUUAAUUCUCUGGCAGUGUCCUCAUCAGGAGACUAAUAACCUACAUUUCCAUUAAUUAGACCUUCAACCCCCCGCUCCCUCUCUCAGUCUCUCCGUCCCACUCCAAUCCACCCCUCUGUCCCCUGCCUACCUGCCUCUCUGCUCCCGCCUGCUGCUCCCUUCUCCCAGGAUCAUCAACAGAGCCCAUGCACACGCGGACUGUGAUUAAUUGUGUGUGUGUCGGCUGGAGUAUUGCUGACACUGUGAGGACAAACGUUUGUUUACACUGCCAAUUUGCGGAGACUCGUUCACAUUUGAUGGCGAAAACGCCAGAGGCAUUAAUGUUUUAAAGGAGCAUCCUGGACUCUCUUGCUGAGAGUCAGAUGUAAAUAUUAACGCCGUUCUCAUGUUUAAAUCCUAAAUGAGAAAUUGCAUCUUGCAGCUGGUUAUCGCAUCUUAGCAUAAACACUGGAAACAGAGGGCUAGGCCGACUCUCUAAAAAUACAUCCACCUACCACCAGCUCGCUAAUUAACAUGUUAUAGUAGUCCAAGUCUACGGUGGUUACCUGGCAACUCGACCGGUGUAAGAAAAAUCCUGUGGAAAAAAAAAAAAAAAGAAAAACUCCAAAAGAAAAGCAAAUCCUCUUUACACUCUGCUUGCAAACAAGAUCUAAACAGUUGUUUUGUGAACUUUGGAGAAGCAGGUUGGUGUUUUUUAUCAUGGUAUAAAGAGGCCGUUUCCAGUCUUUUGCUAGGGCAAGAUAAACAGCCGCAGGACUCAGCUAUUGGCCAAAAAAAAUAACUAUUAAGCACGCAGUAUCUCCCAACAUGUCUCACUAUUCUUUUAGGAUUUGAUUUGCACUUAGCAUGAAAGAAUGAAUGUUAUUCCACAUAUAGGUUUGCAACAGGUGUUUGCCCUUAUUGGCAACAGAAGAGCAAAGGGACUGAUCUUGUUCAGGAACUAAUGCUGCUGCUGUUGCUGAGGUGUUGGUAUCUUAAAUCUCAAAAAUGCUCAUUUUGUCUUCUUUAACUUGAAUGAUAGUGAUGAUUAUUUAAUCAAGACUAAAAGGAAAUAGAUACAUUUUGUCUUGAUAAAAUAUAUCUUAAAUGCUUUGCAGCAUUUAAAUCAAAUGACUUGGUGUUUUCCAGCAGAUAGUUUAUAAGUUAAUUGACUUUGGACUGAUCAAAAAACAACAGCAAAUUUAUCUGUCUGCCUAUAUUGAGACCGGUUUGUCCGGGUUAACACAGCGGCCUCCUGUGUGUGUGUGUCUGUGUGUGCGCGCGUGCUCCCACGCUGAUGUGAGGACAUUUGUGUCCCAGUCCUCGCUUUAUUAAGCUGUUUGUGGUUUGAGCCUUUUUAGGGUAAAGGUUACUAUGAGGUCAAGGUUCAGGCAGUUUGUCGCGAUGUUUAGUUUUAGGGUAAGGGGCUAGGGAACGCAUGAUGUCAGUGAAUGUCCUCAUAAAGGUGUGUGUGUGUGUGUGUGUGUGUGUGUGCGCGCCUGCCCUUGACAGUAUGUGGUUGAUCAAUAGACGAACAGCCCCUCUCUCAUGAUGGAAACUACUCUUCCCAUCAGGCUUUGCUGACCUGGUUUCAGUGCAGAGUGGAGCAGUGUUAUCGUGUCACCACUUACCCUGAUCUCAGAGAACUGAAACGCUGUUAACAUCCUGUAGCUGUACUGUUGCAGAAUUAACAAGGCUGCUUAUUCUACAGGCCUGUUGAUCCUACGGUCUCUCGGACGGACUGCAGACUCCAGCUUAUCUGCACUUUCAGCUAACUAGCAUUUCCCGGCUCUCCAUCUCUGAAUGCUGAAUGCUCACCCUUAUUUUCCUCUCUCGUUCCUCACUCUCCCUCUGGCACAAAAGACAGUGAGAGACAGUUGGCACUCGCUUGUCCAUACUGUAUCGGUGGUGGCAAAAUGGCAGCUUCUGUCUCAUCCGUCCUCUUUCCUCUGCCUCCCUCACCCUCUCCUGAGAGAAGUAACCCAGAUUUCAAAAUGAAUCGCUGCCUAUUCCCCUCAAUCCUUCUCCUCUCUCUCUUCCUCUUCCUUUAUUUUUUCUUCCUUCCUCCCUCUCUCUCUCUCUUUCUCUCUUCAUCUCUCGUCCUCUUCCUAGUAAAACAGAAUCAAUCUUGGAAAGAGAAUACCACCACCUCUUUAUCUCGUCCUCCUCCUCACCCUGCCUGUGGGUUAACGGAUAUAUACCACUUCACUCCUCUAUCUUUGGUUCCUAGAAAGCUCCGGUCUCUCAAGCUGCUUGUUGCUCGCCCGUUUUCUAGUUCUGAGCUUUUUUUCGUCUUUGUACUUCUUCUCUUGGCUUUUCUGUUUUUUUUCCCUCCCUUUGUUCUCUUUUUUGAGGUGACCAGCUACAGGUGUGUCACCUUAGCCCUUCAUUUGAAGCAGGCCAGCCGAAAAGAGGAGGAGAGGAAGAGAAGGAAGCGGUCUUUCGGUUGAGACUUUCCUCUAACAUUACCACAGAUUCAGGCGUCAUGUCUACCCCAGUUUCCCCUUCCCCCUCCCUCUCGCCAUUGACACUGGCCUCCCCUACAUCUGCGACCUCUCCCGGUGCUUCCCCUCUGCCCUCGCCGCUCUCCCCCCCACCCAGGGUGCCGGUGUUUCAGAGGAAGGGGGCGCUGAAACACAAGAGGAUCGUCGAGGUGAAAGACCAUCAGUUCACCGCCCGCUUCUUCAAACAGCCCACCUUCUGCAGCCACUGCACCGACUUUAUAUGGGGCAUCGGCAAGCAGGGAUUCCAAUGUCAAGUUUGCAGUUUUGUAGUCCACAAAAGAUGUCAUGAGUUUGUGACCUUCACUUGUCCUGGAUCUGUGACGGCCCCCAGACCCGAUGACCUGAAGAGUCGACACACAUUUAAGGUCCACACGUACUCCAGUCCGACAUUCUGCGACCACUGCGGCUCGCUGCUGUACGGCCUCAUACACCAGGGCAUGAAAUGUUCCUGUUGUGAUAUGAACGUCCAUCGGCGGUGUGAGACCAGCGUCCCCAGCCUGUGCGGCCAGGAUCACACAGAGAAGCGCGGAAGAAUCCACCUGACCAUCAGAGGAGAAAAGGAGGACGUCUAUGUUACAGUGCGGGAGGCUCGUAACCUGAUGCCCAUGGAUCCGAACGGUCUGUCAGACCCGUAUGUUAAACUGAAACUGAUUCCGGACCCGAAGAGCCACAGCAAACAGAAGACUAAGACCAUCCGCUCAACACUCAAUCCAGUCUGGAAUGAAAGUUUCACUUUCUCAGUACGCGGCCACCAGUGGGACAGGCGUCUGUCCGUGGAGGUGUGGGACUGGGACCGGACGUCUAGAAACGAUUUCAUGGGAGCGCUGUCGUUUGGUGUGAGCGAGAUCUUCAGGCGUCCCAUCAGCGGCUGGUUCAAACUGCUGGCCCAAGACGAGGGAGAGUACUACAACAUCCCUGUGCCGGACCCAGACCUGCAGGAGCCUCAGCCAGAUGCUACAACACCCACUUUGCCUCCAGUGAUGCCCGCCCCGCUUUCUGAACCGUUCCCUGUGGCGCUGUCCCCGUUGCCCAUCCAGUCCUGUCCACCUAUUCACACCUCAGGCCCCAGCAAAGCCAAAGUGAACAUCCAUGACUUCAACUUCCUCAUGGUGCUGGGAAAAGGCAGCUUUGGCAAGGUGCUGCUCGCAGAGGAGCGAGGCAGCGAGCGUCUGUUCGCGGUGAAGGUGCUGAAGAAAGACGUCCUCUUCCAGGACGAGGACACAGAGAGCGCUCUGGUGGAGAGGAGGGUUCUGGCGCUCCCUUCCCGCCCUCACUUCCUCACGUCGCUCUACUGCGCCUUCCAGACUGAGGACCGACUGUAUUACGUGAUGGAAUAUGUCAACGGAGGAGACCUGAUGUUCCACAUUCAGAUAGUUGGGAAGUUCAAAGAGGCUCAUGCAGCGUUUUACGGAGCAGAGAUAGCGGUGGGCCUCUUCUUCCUCCACAGCAAAGGCAUCAUCUACAGGGAUCUGAAGCUGGAUAAUGUUCUGCUUGACAGCGAGGGCCACAUAAAGAUAGCUGACUUUGGGAUGUGCAGGGAGGGCAUGUUCGAGGGCGACACCACGCGUACCUUCUGCGGCACCCCUGACUACAUCGCCCCGGAGAUUGUGGCGUAUCAGCCGUAUGAUAAAGCAGUGGACUGGUGGUCUUAUGGAGUGCUGCUGUAUGAAAUGCUGGCAGGACAGCCACCAUUUGAUGGUAUUGACGAGGAGGAGCUGUUUCAGUCCAUCAUGGAGCAGAGUGUCACGUACCCGAAAAGUCUUUCUCGUGAAGCUGUCGCCAUCUGCAAGGGACUCCUGACCAAGCAUCCGGCCAAGCGCCUGGGUGGAGGAGAGGAAGCAGAGAGGGAGAUCAGGGAGCAUCCGUUCUUUCGGUGGAUAGACUGGGACCGUCUGGAGAGACUGGAGAUCCCGCCGCCCUUCAAACCUAGAACUGGUGGGAAGAAAGGUGAGAACUUUGACAAGUUCUUCACGGCGGCUCCGUCAGUGCUCACCCCCUCCGACCCGGACGUACUAGCAGCCAUCAACCAGGAGGACUUCGAGGGCUUCUCCUUCCUCAACCCAGACUUUGCCCCCUCGCCUCUCACCGCUGUUUGAAAAUGGCUCCCAGACUUCCUCCGACAACUUUUCUCCGUUUACCCUGUUAUCUUUUCAAUAGUAGUUUUAUAGCAGAGAAUUUGAACAUGAGAACUAGCAGUAAGUAUUACACUUCUCAUAGCCAAAUUCUGACGUUUACAUGAAAAUGCCAAGACACCUUGAUAAUCAUGCACUCUUUGAGGUAUGUCUAUUAACUCACUAGUCACAGAAUGUGUAUUAGCACUCCAAACAGAGCCAGUAUUAUGGAUUGCCAUCUUAGAGUUUUUUUUAUAAGACAUCUCUUAACUUGUCAUAAGAGUACUGUUAGUAUGAACCUUAUAAAUUAAUCUCUUUGCAUGUGUAUUUUUUUUAGAACUAGAUGAUCUGAGAAAAAUAUGCCUGGUUAACUUUUUAAAUCGUUUAAACUUAUCCUUUGUUGUGCCCAGUUGUAUUUUUCAAGUAUGGGUUUGGUUUAACUGACAGCUGCACUGACCCUAUAGUACAUGUUUUUAUUAUUUUGCCUUUAAAAGGGUUUCUUUAAAGGUAUUUCAACAGCACUAAAAUGUGUCUUUCCAAAUAUUUAUCUCACCCUAUUUGUCUGUGGGUAUUUGCUAUGUAUUCUAGCUAAAUUACACUUUGACUAAGAAGAAAAAUGAGCAGGAACCCAUUUUCAUUUUCGUUUUUUUUUUUUUUUUUUUUUUUUUUGAAAGAAAGCUCUCCUGUGAAAGCGCUCAACCAGACAUCUCUGGCCUGGCUUGACCUCUCAGUUGAAUGUCACAGCGCUGACUUUAGAAGGUCCAUUAAGAUGCUUGAACAACAUGUGACACUGACUGCAGUGCUGCCCACACAGCUCACGCUCACAAUGUUUGACUCUAUUGUCACUGGAAGGAAAUCCUCACAUUACUGCUACAGUUUUAGUCAACCACUCUAUAGCACAUAUCAUUUUUAUUUUAACUGUGCAGGCACUUCAUUCAUAUAAAUUUAGUCGUGUGUACCAUGAAGCAUUUUGCUGCGUAAUGACGUACUCAGCAUUGAUUGGGAGUAAUUAAAAGCAAAGCUCUCAACUGGGACUGGUCAAUACAUGGAAAAAUAAUAGCAGGGCUGUCAUUAAAGACUCUCUGAGCAGGGUAGGUGGCGGCAAACUUAAUGUUCAGUUUUUUUUCCGUCUUAGUGCUCUCUUAUCUCACAAGCCAGCUGGUCAUUCACCCAGAAAUAUGUUUAUUUCUUUAGCUCCUUUGUCACGCUACCUGUUUGUUACCCAGAUGAGUGAGAUCAGCUUUAAUUUAUCAGCCCCUUUAAUUACGGCCAACUGCAAAAGGUUAGCUCAGCUUGAGAUGAAGUCAAAUGUCACAGCUCACAAUCCUUCAAUGCGACAGAUACGAUAGAUGAUGAUCAACCAUAGAUAAUACAGUAGACAAUAGGUAACGUAUGUCUCUGUUAGUUUAGUUGACUUUAUUUGUUUUUAUGUGCUGCGAAAUGAACAUCAAAAUAAACUAAAACAGAUCCUGAAACACGAA